UUUUGAAAAUUUGUUUUUGUAGUGAGGUGGAGCCGCAGGAGCGUUUCAAACAGGGACCGCUUCACGCUCCUCUUCUCUUUUUCACACUUUGAAGAAGCAAAAACCAGCCAGCCAUUAAAAUCCGACCCCCCUCCAUAACAUUACUCAAGCUACACUCUCUCUUCUACUCUAUUAAAUUCUUCCGUAGUUGGAAAUCUGAGAUGGACCGGCGGGGCUGGCUCUGGAAGAAAAAAUCAUCUGACAAAUCCAAAAUUGCUGAGAAGCCAGGUUCUGAAGCAGAACCUGUUAGUUUUACAUUGUCUUCUGUGGCAAAUCUUGAAGAUGAGGACAGUGGCAAGAAUAAGAACUAUGUUCAAAUAUCAAUGGAGUCAUACACACAUAUGUGUGCAUUGGAGGAUCAAGUAAAGGCUUUGGAAGACAAGCUAACAACAGCUUAUUCAGAAUUAAAUAGCAAAGAUAAUUUAGUUAAACAGCAUGCAACAGUUGCCGAGGAAGCGGUCUCAGGGUGGGAAAAAGCUGAUGCUGAAGUAGCUUCAUUAAGAUGUCAACUUGAAUCUGUCACUAUCUCAAAGCUUGCUGUUGAGGAUAGAGCAUCUCACUUGGAUGGUGCUCUAAAAGAAUGCAUGAAGCAGAUAAGAACUGUUAAGGAAGAUAGUGAGCAGAAACUGCAAGACUUGAUCCUUAUGAAAUCCCAGCAGUGGGAAAAAGUUAAGUCAGAGUUUGAAGUGAAAAUAGAUAAAUUGGAGCAAGGACUUCGUUGUGAGGCUAGUGAAAAUGCUGCUCUUCUUAGAUCCCUGCAAGACAGUUCGAAUAAAAUAGCGAGACUGAAAGAAGAAAAAUCUGAAGCUGAGGCUGAAGUAGAGUUUCUAAAGAAGAAUGUUCAGUCAUGUGAAAAGGAAAUAGCUUCACUGAAGUAUGAGUUACAUGUGAUUUCCAAGGAGCUGGAUAUCCGAAACGAAGAGAAGAAUAUGAUUAUGAGAUCAGCAGAAGUGGCAAGCAGAAAACAUGCAGAGGAUGUUAGGAACAUUGCCAAGAUAGAAACUGAAUGCCAAAGACUCCGUGGUCUGCUGCGAAGGAAGUUACCUGGACUGGCCGCAUUGGCUCAAAUGAAGCUAGAAGUGGGGAUUCCGCAACAAGUUAUCAGCACACCCUACCAUAGGAAAACUUGUUUAAAAGCUGAUGGCAUGCAAGAAUCUGAGUUUCUUGCCAAAAAGUUGGAGGCAUUGGAAGAAGAAACAAAGACAUUGAAAGAAGCUUUGGCCACAAGUAAUGCUGAAUUGCAGGCUUCAAGAAACUUGUAUGCCAAAACAGUUGGCAGACUAAAGACCUUAGAAGCAGAGAUACAGUUUUUUCACUUAGAAAACGUUGCUGAAAAAUCAAAUUUGGCAAUCAAUUUUGGAAACUCAUCAAAUAGAAUUUCCAACAAAAUACCAAGCCUCGCUUCUAUCUCUGAUGACGGCCAUGAGGAGCCAGAAAGUCCUGUUGAGUCAAGUGCAGCCUCAACUUGUGACCUUUCUGAAAUCAAGAGAGUUACAAGUGUUGGUAAAUUUGAGAAAGAAAAGAGUGAAACUAUCAUAGAACUGAUGAAUGACUUUCUGGAAGUGGAGAAAAUGGCAUGUUUAUCGGACAAUAGCAAUGUAGCUCUUGGCAUUACUAGCAAAGUUAGUGACUCUGAUGGAACAGAUAAACAAUCAGAUAAAGCUUCUAAAGUUGAAGAGACUGAUUAUAUUCCAGAGAAAAAUGACAAGGCAUCCAAACAUGCUGAACACAUGCAAGAUCUGAAGGAAACAAAGCUGAUGUUCCAGGAAAAGGAGCAGCUUCUUGCUGAACUGAAAGAACAAUUGGCUUCAUCUCAUAAAUCAUACAACUUGGCUGAGAUUCAGCUGAAGUGUAUGACAGAAUCCUAUAAGUCACUUCAAAUGCAUGCAGAAUAUUUAGAAGCUCAAAAUAAGAUUCUGCAAGAAAAUAUAGAGGAGCUAAAGAAUGACCUUGUGGAGCAAAAGAAAUGUCAUGAUGAUGCCUUGGUGAGGCACAGAGCCAUUGAAGAGAAAAUGCAAAGGGACAAGUGCUUAGUUUGUGGAUCCAAUUUGGGAGCAGAUAAUGGCAUGACUACUGGGAAGGAUAUGGAGCUAGCAGCAGCAGAGAAAAAGCUGGCAGAAUGUCAAGAGACUUUGUAUACUCUUGGUAGGCACCUGCAAGCUCUGUGUCCUCAUAUUGAGAUACCUAUAUCUCAUCUCGGUAAAAGGCUUCAAACGAAUGACAUGUUGGUUAAACCAAGUCAUGGCUGGUCGAAUUCUAAUGUGUCCAGUAACUCGAAUGAAAUUGAACAGGCUGAGGCAUCUAGAUGUAGUGUUCCUUCCGAGAUUCAAGAAGUGAAUGUCGAGUUUUCAUCGCCUAACUGUCGAUCCACACCGUGUCUUUCAGACACUGAAGGCUGCUUUUCUGUGAACUCUUCAAUAGGGUCAAGCAAGCCCGGUUAUAUGCUUACCGAAUCGAAUUCCUCUUGUUCUGCCUCUGCUACAGGGAAGCAUGCACAUGGAUUCAGACAUUUCUCUUCUUUAAAAGGGAAGAAUGCUCACUAGCAUUGUUUGUUACUUCCUAAAUCCUAGGUAUUAAUCAGAGGGAGCUCCCCGAUGAUGUUGUAUAUAGUAAAAGGUUUUGGAGAUUGAUGUUUCUGUUUUUAGUUCAAUUAUAUUUGAAUUUAGAUAAAGUUUAAUUUUCACUCUAGCA